AUGUUCGAUAUAGGAUAUGUUAUUCGCGUAUUGGCAUUAGCUUGGCGAUAUAAAGGAAAUAAAAAUUAUAAAAAUCUUUUCUCAGAAUUCGUCAUACAUGGUCAAUGUUGGCUAAAUGAUCUUGAUAUUAAUUGGCAUAUGAACAAUUCAAGAUAUUUACGAGAAUGUGAUUUUGGUCGAAUUUCUUUUCUAUUUGAAACAGGCUUAUGGAAUUCUAUUGUUAAACGACGAAAAAUCUUGGAUAAAAAUUCAAAUAUGGUUAUCAGUGCACUACAAGUUCAAUAUCGUCAAAGUAUUGAAUUAGGCGAUCGAUUUGAAAUUCGAACACGUAUGAAUGGUUGGGAUGAUAAAGCUUUUUAUUUUGAACAAGCAAUUAUUCUUGAUAAAAAUCAAGAAACUGCUUUUUCUUUAUUAGUUCGAGCUGCUUUAGUACCGCGUUCUCUUACACCACAAAUAUUAAUUGAUGAUCUUCAAAUGGGAUCAAUUCAAUCACCAAAACUUUCGCCAGCUGUUGAAAUUUUGAAAGAAAAUCAUCGAAUAACUUAUUCCACAAUUAAAUCAAAAAUUUAA